UCCGCCACCAUGGACACGCCCGUCGUCAAGUUCAAGAAACGCGGUGCCAAAGCCGCGCCCCGAAAAGCCGCUCCUCCACCGCCGCAGUCCGAUUCCGACUUCUCGUCGGGCGAAGACGCCGAGGGCGAAGACGGCCGCGUAGUCAAGCGGCGAAAGACCAACGCCAACGCGCUCAAAGCCUCGACCGCCGACCGCAAGACCAAUGCAACCGUAGAGGGCACCACGCAAUACGCCGCCAACACGGAUGCGGUAAUUGAAGCCAGCAACGACGCGACCAAGCAGUCCAACUGGUACGACGAAAAGGCCGAGGAUGCGCUCAGCUCCAAGAACCUCCUGGGCAGCACGCGAUCGAAACCCCAGUCGUUUAUCGACAAGAACCCCGAUGCGCCGACUCGCCAAGUCGGGCCCAUGAAGGCGUCCACCAACAUUCGAACCAUCACCGUCACAGACUACACGCCAGACGUGUGCAAGGAUUACAAGCAGACAGGCUUCUGUGGCUUUGGCGACAACUGCAAAUUCCUGCACGCCCGCGAAGACUAUGCAGCGGGCUGGAAGCUGGAUCGGGAGUGGGAAAUGUCCACCAAAGGCAAGAAGCCCGGGGGCACCAUUGUCGCGUCUGCGAACAGGGACGAAAAGGACAAGGACGAAGACGGCAUUGACCUUGCGCUUCUGGAAAAAAUACCCUUUGCCUGCAUCAUCUGCAAGAAGCCAUACAAGAGCCCUGUUGUGACCAAGUGUGGACACUAUUUCUGCGAGGCGUGUGCUCUGAAGCGAUACCGAAAGGACCCUACGUGCGCGGCUUGCAGUGCAAAGACAUAUGGCGUCUUCAAUGGUGCUAAAAACCUGCAAAAGUUGUUGGAGAAGAAGCAGAAGUGGGAAGACAAGAAGAAGGCCGAGGCGGAAGAGAAGGCCAAGGAGGAGGAAGGCGGCGAAUGAGCAAUUGGUGCAUGCCUACCAGGCAGAAGAAUGCGGCAUGGCAAGAGUAAGCUGCGACACAGCGUGAUGAGGUUGACUUGAGCCCCGGCUUGCCCUGCUAGUGGUGCAUCUGAGAUGUCACACGACAAAAUCCGUGGCGCGCCACGACUGUGCAUUUGCUCCACGGCAGCGAAUCAAGCACGGCGGGCGACGUUGUGCUCAGCUCGCCGGUCGUGAGCAUGUCAUGAUUUGAAGGCAUUCCUUUUGCAGCAAAAGGGCUGAGUAACACCGGCCAGGCGAGACGGAGCGGUAGACGCGAGGAGAGGGAGAGGACGAAAGAGCACGAUUGCCGAUAUAUCCAGUAUCUAUGAUGCAGAGACAUGAAUAUG